AUGACCAGACACAUCGACAUCGACGCAUUCGUCGUCGGCGCCGGCGUAGGAGGAAUCUACUCCACCUACCGCCUAUCGCGCAUGGGGCUCUCCGUCAAAUGUAUAGACAUGGCCAGCGACGUCGGCGGCACCUGGUACUGGAACCGAUACCCUGGAGCCAUGAGCGACACCGAAAGCUACCUCUACCGAUACUCGUGGGACAAGGACGAUUUGCGAACCUACCCGUGGACACACCACUACGUCUACCAGCCGGAGAUUCUGAAAUACCUGCAGCAUAUCGUCGCGAAGCAUGAUCUGCGGAAGUAUAUGCAGUUUGAGACGGAGAUGACGUCUGCGACGUGGAAUGAGGAUACGGGGAGGUGGGACGUGGCCUGCUGCUCUGGGUCUGGGGAUGUGAUCGUUCACGCCCGCUACUUGGUUAACUCGCUUGGAUUGCUUUCGAAAGUGAAUUACCCUAACAUCCCGGGUCUUUCGUCCUUCGCGGGUGAUCUGGUCCAUACGGCGCGCUGGCCAGAGGAGUUGAAGCUGGAGGGGAAGAAGGUCGGCAUUAUUGGGAAUGGCUCGACAGGAACACAAGUCAUGACUGCCAUUGCUCCCAUCGUGGGAAGCUUGACAUCCUUCCAACGAAGCCCUCAGUACUCUGUUCCAAGUGGGCAGCGCCCCGUUGCAAAGGAGUAUCGCGACAGGGUCAACACCACAUACGACCAAAUCUGGGACAGCGUCUGGUCAUCGACCAUUGGGUUUGGCGUCCCCGAGUCCAAGCGCAAAACCAUGGAGGCUACCCCCGAAGAGCGGCAACAGGCUUUCCAGGAGGUGUGGGACCAAGGGAACGGGUUCCGCUUCAUGUUCAGCGCCUUCGGCGACCUUACCACCGAUAAGCAAGCCAACGAAGAAGCAUGCAAGUUCAUCCGCGGAAAAAUCGACGAAAUGGUCAAAGACCCCCGCAAGGCAGCGAUCCUAAAGCCCAAAGAUCUCUACGCCCGCCGACCGCUCUGCGACACCGGCUACUACGAGAUCUUCAACCGCGAGAACGUCGACGUGGUCGAUCUCCAGGCGACACCGAUCGAGAAGAUCGUCCCCGAGGGCAUCCAAACAGCCGAUGGAACGACCCACCAACUCGACGCUCUCAUCGUUGCCACCGGAUUCGACGCCAUUCAAGGCAGCUACAUGCGGCUUAAAAUCACUGGGCGGAGAGGGAGGACGAUCGAAGAGCACUGGGCGAAGGGCCCCAAGGCUUUUGGGAGUAUCGCCUGCGCGGGAUUCCCCAACAUGUUCAUCGUCGCUGGUCCUCAGGGCCCGUUUGCCAAUUUUCCGCCUGUCAUCGAGAGUGAGAUUAAUUUCAUCAUGGCUUGCAUUGAAUAUGCCGAGCGGACUACCACCGCGGGCCCAAGAAUCAUGGAGGUGUCCAAUAAAGCAGAGACAGAGUGGAUUGAUCUGUGCAAUCGGUUGGUUGAAGGGUCAUUGUUCACUUCGACGGCGAGCUGGAUCUUUGGCCAGAAUAUUCCUGGCCGGAAACCGAGUACGAACUUUUACUUUGGGGGUUUGAAGAGCUAUUUGGAUUGGGUGAAGGAUCAGAUCAGUAAUGGUUUUCCUGCUUUUAUCAGUGAAUAG